UAAUCAAUAAUGUUUAUAAGUUUCUAUGAUUGACUUUAUAAUUAAACAAAAAACUGUAUUAAUUCUUGCAAAAAUAAAGAGAAUUAAAAUAAUAUCCAUAAUCAUUAUUCACCACUCAAUUGUUGGUUGCACUUUUUGUUUGAAGAAGCUGAUUUGAGAUUUUGGGAGAGGUGAAAAUGACAAUUGGAACUAAGAAGAACAAGGGAGUUGUUGAUGAGAACGCGCCUUUGGUACCGAACUCUUGGGAAACAGAUGGCGAGUUACACGAGUUUAAUGGAGGUUCAUUUUCUGGGGCUGUUUUCAAUCUGUCAACCACAAUUAUUGGUGCCGGAAUCAUGGGUUUGCCUGCUUGUGUUAAGAAAUUGGGAAUGGUGCCGGGUCUUAUUGCCAUAAUCCUAACGGCAUUAUUGACAGAGAAGUCAAUUGAGUUUAUAAUCAGGUUUUCAAGGGCAGGGAAUAUUUCUGCCUAUGGAAGUCUUAUGGGGGAUGCCUUUGGGAAAUAUGGAAAAGCUUUGGUGGAGAUAUGUGUUGUUGUUAAUAACAUUGGUAUUUUGAUUGUUUACAUGAUUAUCAUCGGUGAUGUGAUUUCUGGAACAACUUCAGGUGGUAUUCACCAUUCUGGUAUCCUUGAAGGAUGGUUUGGUGUCCAUUGGUUGACUGGGCGUCCAUUUGUUCUUGUUUUUACGACACUUUUUGUGUUUGCACCUUUGGUUAGCUUUAAGCGAAUUGAUUCAUUGAGAUUCACAUCUGCAUUAUCAGUUGGAUUAGCUGUUGUUUUCCUUAUCAUUGCUGUGGGGAUCUCAAUUAUAAAGAUUAUUAGUGGUGGCAUUGGAAUGCCCAGACUCUUCCCGGUCAUUACUGAUGCAGCUUCAGUUUUUGAUCUAUUCACUGUAGUUCCUGUGCUGGUGACCGCUUACAUCUGUCACUACAACGUUCACAGCAUAGAUAAUGAACUAGAAGAUUCCUCAUGGAUGCAAGGGGUUGUGCGUACUUCCCUUACUCUAUGCUGUUCAGUGUACUCACUCACAAGCUUCUUUGGAUUCCUCCUAUUUGGUGACAAUACUCUUGAUGAUGUGCUUGCCAAUUUCGAUACUGAUCUUGGAAUUCCUUUGGGUUCGGCGCUCAAUGACGCCGUUCGUCUUAGCUACGCCGCGCAUCUUGUGCUUGUAUUUCCCGUAGUUUUCUAUGGACUAAGGGUCAACAUAGAUGGUCUGAUAUUUACCUCAUCAAGAAGGCCUUUGGUUGUUGAUAACUUCAGAUUUGCAUCAAUUACUAUUUCCCUUGUUGCCAUUAUCUUCAUAGGAGCAAACUUCAUACCUAGCAUUUGGGAUAUUUUCCAGUUCACUGGAGCAACCGCCGCUGUUUGUCUAGCAUUCAUAUUUCCAGCUUCAAUCACUCUGAAGGAUCGAUACAACAUAGCAACUAAAUCGGACAAAAUACUAUCUGUUCUUAUGAUAGUUCUGGCAGUCUUGUCAAAUGCUGUUGCUAUAUACAGCGAUGCAUAUGCUUUGAUCAACAAGAACAAAAAUGGUCUGAUGGAUUGAUUAUUAUAUAAACAAUGCUACCGCGUGUACAAAUAUUCUUCAAAAGUGUGUUACAGUUUGCAACUUGUUCAACCUUAUAUUUAUACAGCGUCCGACAAUGUAUUUGUUGUCAAAAUAUCAUUUCACUUGUAAUAUGCUCUUUGCCGUUGUAAUUAUGGAGGUUCUGUUGAAUGUUCCUCUAUUUUGCUGGCUUGAUCUCUCUCAUAAAUGUAAGAUAGGCAUUUGUUUUGCACUUGUAUGCAUUAUUAUUGGAUAAACGACCUUAGCGGAGUCCUGUUGCUUCAGAAGGAAUGCUUAAGUUCAAGCAUUUUUGAGCAAGACAAACUCAAAUUUAGUUAUGGAUUUGAAAAUGAUGCAUGUUAAUAGUUUGUUUUUUCUAAGUUAUCCUAGAAAUUGAACAUUUGGUGCAAUUGAUAGUAUUGCAAGAUUCUUAUGUAAUUAUAUAUUUUUAGAUUAAGUGUUUCAUUGAAUA